GUGACAAUUCCACCUGUCUUGUAUCUAAGCUGGCCUUGUCAAAUUUAUUCUCUCCGCCUUCUUCUUUAUUAUUGUCCGAUACUGAUCUUUUACCAACUGUUUUACUAUAACGCUCUGGUAGCGAAUACCCUCUCCUAAGACACCUUCUUUUGUGCAACAACGCUCUUUUGCUGCCGGUCAGCUCUUUUGCCACGAGAGCGGCAAGAAUAAUAACAUCAACCUCCGCCGGGUGCGACAACUGAUCAACAUGAAACUUCUCUCACUCCUCCUCCUCCUCCUUCCUGUUCUACUUGCUGCCCCUGCUCCUGGGCCCCAUGCGUACAACCCAUUCUUCCCUACCAGCAAACACAGUGGCUUCAUCUUGCCUGCCAAGCGUGGCCUCAGCUCUAGAACGGAAGCUCAACGGAUCAACCCAGAAUUCUUCAAGAAACAAGGUCGGUCCAAGGUGGAUUCUGUGAAGAGAGACGUGGUGACCAAGGUGGUUAAGAGGGCGACUGGUACUUGCAUUGCGUCGACCACAACUGCCUUUGUGACCUCAGUCGUCACUGUCAUUCCUGACUCGUUGCCAACUAGUGCUUCGGGUUCCGACUCUACGGUCAGUAUCAGUGCCACCGAGUCUCUCAGUACUGCCCAGUCCUCCGACUUGUCGUAUGUGGCUGUUUCGGCUACAGCGUCAGCUACCGACUCUUCUUCCCAAAUUGCUAGCACUAGCGUUUCAUCCUCUUUCACCAGCCCUUCAAGCAGUCCAUGGUCUAGUUCUGCUGCGAAUUCUGCCUCGGAUUCUCUUGUAUCGUCGGUCUACGCCCUUCCAAGUACAUCUGUAACAUCCGAAAGUGCUUCGGUCACUCAAUCCCAUCCAGCCGACGCUUCUUCUGCCGGUUCUAGGGCAGAGAUGUCAAUGUCUGCCAGUGCCUCCGCCACCUUAACUUCCUCCUUCGCCGCAUCCUCUUUCUCAUCCAGUGCCGAUAAAGGCAAGCAAACCAAGACGAAGACUUUGGGCGCUACAUCGACCGCCGCCGUAAACACCAGACAAGCUUCCCAGUCGACCGCGAGCUCCAGCACCACCGCUUUAUCUGCCGAGGUCACUCCUAUGUCAAGCGUAAGGUCGUCUUCUCGAGCUACCUCCAGCUCGACCUCGACUGCUAUCCACAGCACUGUUCACUCCUCCACAGUUUCAUCUACCAGCUCUCAUUCUUCCACCGCUACGUUGGUCUCUUCUUCGUCCUUCACCCGCGCAACUGCCUCAUCCACUUCUACAUCCACCUCCUUCACUCCCACAUUUACUUCCCUCUCGACGUUUUCCGCACCUUCCUCUACCACCGCCACAUCCGCUGCUGCAGCCACCUCUUCUGCUGUCUCCGCCGACCCUGACGGAGAUGGUCCUUUCUACGGCCAAGGUACCUGGUACUAUCAGUAUAACACUGCAGGAGCUUGCGGUACCGUCAACCCUGAUUCGGCUUUCAUUGUCGCUGUCUCUGCUGAACUGUUUGAUAACUGGCCUGGGUACAACGGUCUGAACCCCAAUAACAACCCUAUCUGUGGUCAUCAAGUGAACUUAACAUGGCAGGGAACUUCAAUCACUGCUACUGUUGCAGACCGCUGCCCUGGCUGUGAACUCCGACACCUCGACCUCUCUCGUGGCGCCUUUGGUGCUCUCUCAAACGACGACUACGAUAUCGGUGUCUUUUCCACUACUAUCGAUGGUCAGAGUUAUAAUCAAGAUCUUGAGUGGUCUUGGCUCAAUUAGACAUGUUUGAAGGGUUGAGAGAUGAGGAAGAGAAGGAAAGGCGUUGUCAAGGUCGGGGUUUGCCAGGUCAAUAAAUAAGGCUUCUUCAUACUAAGCGCUGUGCGUGAGAGUAUGUUUAUUGAGAUUUAUAGUAUUCUCAUAGAUAAUUCCAUAAUAAAGCACGAAAUGCUGAGUAUAUGUAUAUAGUGCAACUUACUCC